GAGAAAGGAAAGAGAAAGAGGAGAGAGAGAAGAAAGAAAGAGAGGAAAAAGAAAGACUAGAGAAAGAGUUGAGAGCAAAGGAAGAGAAAGAAAAGAUGGAGAAGGAACUAAAAGAGAAGGAAGAGAAAGAGAAGACAGAAAAGGAAUUGAAAGAGAAGACAGAAAAGGAAUUGAAAGAGGAGAAAGAGAAAGUGGCUGAGAUGGACAAAAAGGUCGUAGACAAGCCUGAGGAAAAAACAACCAUGAAGCCUGGGGAGAAAGAAGCUGAAAACCCUGUGGAGGCUAAACGGGGGCAAGAGGAAGGUGAGGAAGAUGUGUUAGAGAAAGCAGGUGCAGGAGCAGCAGUGGUAAAGGAGAUCCCAGAGACUCGUGCUGCCAUCGAAUCAGUGGUGACAGUUGAAGACGAUUUUAUCACUGUGGUCCAGACCAUUGAUGAAGCAGAGGAGCCGGGACACAGCGUUCGCUUCUCCGGUCCACCUGAGGCUGAAGCCCUUGAUGUCGCUGCACAGAACGAGGAAGAGGAUGAAGACGAGGAAGAGGAGGAGUCUGUGGAGUUGGCCCAAGAAGCAGACGUGGAGGCUGCAAGUCUAGAGGAGGUGGUAGACGUUCCUGAGACCCCUGCCUCCCCUGAGAAGGAGGCGCAAACCGUAGAAACUGAAGGACCGACAGAGAGCUACGAUAGAGAUGAAACCACAAUGGACGACUCCAUCUUGGACAGCUCCUGGGUUGACACACAAGAUGAUGAUAAGAGUAUGGCGACUGAACAGAUUGAGCCUUUGCCCAAAAUGUCCAGCCCAGUCAAAAAGCCUGCUGUGGUCCAGACCAAGCAAACACAAAAGAAGAAGAUGGAGAACCAGGAAAAGCCGGUCAAACCAAAGGCCAAGGGAGGGCGAGCUAAAGGCAGAAUCUCCACACCAGAACGCAAACCCUUCCGCAAAGAACCUGUCUACAUCCCCAGAGAGGAAACCAAGAAGAAAAAAGCUGUCAUAAGGAAGGCCGAGCUCACCAAAAAAAUGGAGAUUCAGAGUCAAUCCCCAUCCAAGAGGAGUUUGAUGAAACCAGCCGUCCGUCAGACCCGCCCCACCCAGCACCACUCCUGUCCUAGAAGGAGAGCCACAGAGGCGCUACCAGACAGUCGUCAGCCUCUCAGUGUUGCCAAACCGUCUCGCGACAGAGCAUCGUGCCAUGCCCAUCGUUUGCCACUAACAAAGAUCCCCACCUCCAUAUCCAGAGUGGCUGCCUCAUUAGAUAGACCUCGCCCAUCCUCAGCAGAGCCUCAGGGCUUCCCAGUAUUACAGAGAUUCAUAGCCAAGGACGGUGGGUCAUGGAGCCCUGAAAAGGGGUCCUCUGUGCCGCGGCAUGCCUCCAUUCUGAGUCGCCGUGCAUACCAUGACCAAGAGGAGAGCUCCACCUCCAUCACCAGCUCCGGCUCCACGGCUCCUCGCAGAGCCACAUCGUUUCGCACAGAGAUGAGGGCAGAGCAUAGGACAGGACGAGCCCCUAGCAUGACAGAAUCAGUGCGCUCCCGUUCGGCUCGCAGUGGCCACUCCACCCCCCGCACCUCUGGCUCUACAGCCAUCACCCCAGGAACCCCUCCCAGCUACUCAGCGUCCUCAAGGACCCCUGGAACCCCACGCUCCCUCAGCUUGAUUUCCCAGGAAAGGAAGGUGGCAGUGGUCCGCACCCCACCCAAGUCACCUGCAACCACGCCCAAGCAGCUCCGCAUCAUCAACCAGCCACUGCCUGACUUCAAGAAUGUCAGGUCCAAGAUUGGCUCCACAGAGAAUAUCAAGUACCAGCCCAAAGGAGGACAGAAGCACAAGGACCAAAAUAUGCCAGCAGAGGCCAAACACAGGGCCUCUUGGAUCUGGAAGUCAGUGCUGCGCCUCAUCUCCAUUACUCUGUGCCUGUCAGCGGCACACAGUGUGACCUGGACCCGAGACCUGCUGAUUCAUAUUUUAAACAAGAAGCUGGACUUGCAGAGUGCAAAAUGCAGCUCCAAGGAUAAUCUGAAGCACUCUCCCCAUGGAGAAAAUGUUCUCAUCCCCAAUGUUAAGCUGGACUAUAGCCAUGUUCAGUCUAGGUGUGGGUCCUUGGACAGGUGGGGCUACUCGGCAAGAGGUGGAAACGUGAUGAUACAGAACAAGAAGAUUGACUUGAGCCACGUGACCUCCAAGUGUGGCUCUCUAGACAACAUCCAUCAUCGGCCAGGGGGCGGCAAUGUGCGUAUAGAGACUGUGAAGUUGGACUUCAAAGACAAAGCCCAAGCCAAGGUGGGUUCCCUGGAAAAUGCUCAGCACACUCCUGGUGGAAGCUGUGUCACGAUUGAGACCCACAGGCUGAUGUUUCGCGACCAAGCCAAGGCACGAGUGGACCACGGGGCUGAGAUUGUUGUCCAGUCGCCGGGCUUGUCCAGCUCCGUGUCCCCCCAGCGCCACCGGGGCAGCCACCUAUCAUCCUCCGGCAGUCUCAACGUACUGGAGUCGCCGCAGUUAGCAACCCUGGCUGAGGAUGUGACUGCAGCUCUGGCCAAGCAGGGUUUGUGAACACUGGAUCUCUGGAUUCCUGCUUUGCACCCCGGACAUCCUCACCCCGAUCCCCUCAAACUUUUCUGCCCACACCUGCCACGCCGAGGCCACCGUCAGCUAAACCACAGCCUCUCAACAUCUUCACUUCAAUAUCCAUCACUCAACUCUAAGUAGAGACUCGAAUUAGGAGCUACUGUACUUUGAUCUUCUUUAUUUUCCAAAUGUGUGCUAUUUCUGACUCAUUUUCUUUUUGGCCUCUCUCUUUUUGAAUGAUGUUGCAUAGAAUAGUUCAGUCUGAGCACUGGUCCUAAAUUAAGUGAUAUAUACAAAGUGGGGGACCAGGUGUUGGCUUAACUGGUCCUGGAUCAGUGUUUUGAAGAAGCUGCAGCCUUUUUUCUACAUUAAAUAAGAAGUAAUGUGGCCAGCACACCAUGCAGCACGUGUUAUUUCGCUCACUAAACAUGCGUGCAUGGAUGCCAAACCCCCUAACAAACCAAGUAUUACUGCAAGUCAUUCUUGUCAUCCGAUAUAUAAUAUAUUUAACAAAUAUAUAUAGAAACAUGUAUAAAAAGUUCUUUGCCAUCUACAUGUCCUAAAAGGAACAGGAAGUGACAAUAUGGCUAUAAAAAUACCUGUAAAAUUGCAUUACUGCAAAAACUAGGUCAUGUUAUGACAAGCAUGUAUUGAUUCUAAUAUUAAAAGAGGCUAUUUUGUAAUCUAAAAAAAGGAUUUUAGUAAGUUAUUUCCUCAAUUAUUGGAUAAAGAUUAAACAAGUUCAUGUUUUGUAGUUAUUAGUUGUUUACAGUGUAAUGCUUGGUGACAAUGUCAGACAGCUGAUUUGGUGUUGCUAAGGAAGGCAUCUCAGUCCUGUUGAAGAGCAUCAUACACGUUGUACCUGCUCAGUAGUCCAAUAUAGACACCUGUUUAUACAUCAGAACACUAAUCAACACCAGAGCUCAUUCCACAAACCUACAGCAAAAGGCAGAUAUUGAGCUCACAGACGUUCCUCCGCUAGCACAGGCUGAUGUUGGACUCAUCAGGACUGUCUGUUGACGCUACGAAUGCGACCUGAGAUUUAGCAGAAGAUGCAGCUACUCUGAAAUCUGUCUGUGUGCGUUUGGUGCAGAUCCCAUGCCGUUUUACAACGUAUGCUAACGUAUCUGGAUGUUUUGUUGCAAUAUGUGGGAGAAGAAAGUGGGGAAAAAAAAUAUUUUGAAAAAUCCAUUAAAAAGACAAAUCAUUUAGAAAAAUAAAAAGGCAGAGGGAACUCUGAACCUGUUAAAUCUGUUAGAAAAAAGUGUUUGGGUGGUCUAGUUUCUUUUUCAGCCACCAUUUGUGGUAUAUCCUGCCUCCUGCCUAAUUACUGCCCUCACCUGCGAUUGUUUGUUUGCUUCUGUGUUUUUUCUGCAUACCCCAUCUGCGUGUGCCCCCUUCCCACCUCCUGCUCCACCCUACAGCAACUGUAAAUGUAUUUAAAAGGUCAAGUAGAUGUACGCAGUUUUUCUCUGGUUGAUAUGACACCAAUUACAAUAAUUAAUGCGAAUAAAAAGGACAAAAAGUGA